GAACAAUAGCUGUCGUUCUCGGGAAUCUGACGUCUGCAACGGCAAGAAGAAGCAUUGAAAGAAAAAAAAAGAAAAACGCCACAACCGGACCAAAAAUUACACGCCGCAACGCCUCGCUUUUGUUUUUCUUUCCGUUUUAUCGCCCGGCCGCCGGUUUUGCCGUCGGAAAUACACCCCGGAAAGGUGCUUCGCAAGGACUGGCAGUGCAAGCGCACCGUGUGCAAUCGUUUCUACGACGCUAAAAUGAUGUUCCGUGCGGUCCUAGUGGCGGCAGUGCUGUGUGGCCUUGGCGUGCACCUGGUACAGUCGCACCCAGGUUCCAAGUCGCAGGUCAUCGAGCUGGAUGAAUCGAACUGGGACCGCAUGCUAACGGAUGAGUGGUUGGUCGAGUUCUACGCACCAUGGUGUCCGGCGUGCAAAAGCCUGGCCCCGAUCUGGGACGACCUUUCGACGUGGUCGGACGAUUUGAACAUCAAGACGGCAAAGGUGGACGUGACGUCAUCGCCCGGCCUGAGUGGCAGAUUCUUCGUCACCGCGCUGCCCACGAUUUUCCACGUAAUUAAUGGGGAGUUCCGGCAGUACAAGGGACCGCGCGACAUGGACUCGUUCAUGUCGUUCAUCGAGGAGAAGAAGUGGGAAUCGCUCGAGCAGGUGUCGGCCUGGCGCAACCCGGACUCGAUCCAAAUGUCGCUCGUGUCGCUGUUCUUCAAGCUUUCACACUUCCUGAAAGUAAGUAGAACCCGCUGGCGGGAACUGAACACGAUGCUGCUGAAGGAGUACGGUCUGCCCGUCUGGGGCUCGUACACACUGUUCGGCAUCGGCACGGUACUGCUCGGUGCGAUCUUCGGGCUGAUACUGGUCUGCAUCAUCGACUGCCUGUUCCCGCCAAAGUCGGGCCAGCGGCAAAGCUUCUCCGAGCACAAGCAGAAGGUGCGGGCGGAAAAGGUACCGGAAGAGCUGCGCGGCGACGAGCUGGUGGACGAGGACGAGGAAAAGCGAACCGCCGACGAUGAUGGCGAGUACGACGAGGAGGAGGAGGAGGAGGAGGACGUGGAAGAGGACGAGGAAGUCGGUGAAGCGGAGGAGAAGGAAACUUCCGAGGGCGAAAAGUACUCCGGCAGUGACGAUUCGGACGAUGAGCAACAACAGCCACCGGCAGCCGCCGUCGAGAAGAAGAAGCCGGAGGACAAAAAGCCCGUCGCCGAGCAACCAGCGGAACCGGUGGUGGAGGAGAAGAAGGAAAAGACCACCACCAGCCCGGACGUAAGGAAACGUAAGCCAAGAAAGGCUGACUAAAAGGGGGUUUCUUAUUGAGGAAGAAAGUACCGGUUGACGAGCGGGAUAUAUUGAGAUGGGAAUGGAAUUUCCUUUCCAUUCUUUCAUCUAAACAGAAAAAAUUCAUUGCAGCUCGCGCGGCGGAACGGAUGGUAUGUUUUGCUAUAUGUUAAGGCAAAUCUUGUUUUUGCACUUGUGUGUUUCUGUUCACAACUGUGCAGCGCAAGGCAACGCUCCUCUCAUUCGAUUGGCUGCACACAAACAGAAGGGGGAAGAGCGAGGAGAGCGUUUUUAUGUAAACGUUAAUUGCAUUUAAUUUUGCACCUUUCUAUCUUUAAUAAUACUUUCCAAUACUUUCUACAUUCGUUAAUAGCAUCCAGUUUUUUCUCUCGCUCUUUUUUGUCCCGUUUACGAUGUUUGCUUGUAACGUAAGUGUUCGGUGUACAUUUAAUAUAGUUGUUUCUACUUAACGGUAACGAUAAGCUCCGCCGCCUUUUUGUUCUACUUUUUCGGUAGUAUUUGUAUUUUUGUGUUAGCUUAUCUAAAGGAAAGCGUGAAAAGCCACUGAAAAUGCUCGGCAGACUAUUUGCCACGUGGAAGCAACGAAUGGAGAAGAAACAGGUGAAAAUCUCAUACAUUUAACCCCGUCACGAUCGUGUUCAGAUAGUGAGCAAUGUUGGCAAGAGUUCUUGGCGUUUUUUUUUGCGAUAUUCAACAGUUUUUCUUAUGAACUUUUCAAUUAGUUGCUUUAUUUUUUUUAAUGUGAUCAGUGAAUUUGUCAUUAUUAAAGCAAAUGGUCUACA